AUGGAGAACGCCGACGCAGACCAGACUCCCUUUGCGGCUGUCACAAGCCAGACCUCCAAGCUCCAAAGGCAAUACCAAACCUAUCUCGACAAGUCCACGCCCUUCGUCCUCUACCGAUGGAUCGGCACUGGCGUCUUCCUCGCCGUCUUCUUCCUUCGCGUGUUCCUGGCGCAAGGCUGGUAUAUCGUGGCCUAUGCGCUGGGCAUCUACCUGCUCAACUUGUUCCUCGCCUUCCUCCAACCAAAGUUCGACCCCUCGGUCGAGGCCCUCGAUAGCUCAAUGGACAUGGAGGACGGCUCGGCCGGAGGACUGCCGACGAAGCAGGACGAGGAGUUCCGGCCCUUCAUCCGCCGGCUGCCCGAGUUCAAGUUCUGGCACGCCGCCACCAGGGCCAUCACCAUCGCCUUCGUCUGCACUUGGUUCGUCGUCUUCGACGUGCCCGUCUUCUGGCCCGUCCUCGUCAUGUACUGGAUCAUCCUGUUCGUCCUUACCAUGAGGAAGCAGAUCCAGCACAUGAUCAAGUACAAGUACGUCCCCUUCUCUUUCGGAAAGGCCAAGUACGGCAAGGCCAGCACCUCGUAA